AUGCCUGCAGACAAGCAUGUCUACCCACGCCACAAGGUUAUGAUGAUAACGUGCAAAGGGACCACGGGGAUGUUCAGUAAGAUGAAAACAGACUUGGAGAGGCUCAUUCCUCACAAUAAGAAAGAGAGCAAAUUUAACACAGCACUGCCGGUGUCUGCCUUGAUGGAGGUGAUAAGGCUCAGAACAUGUGACCACGCGCUGUAUUGGGAGAUGCGACAGCGCACUGAGCUCAUCCUUUGGGCUACAUCUUACCCCGAAGGGCCAACCGUCAAGUUCCAGGUAGCCAACCUACUAACUAGUGAUCGGAUGCGCUACCAGGGAAACUUUCAUAGAUUUACUCGCCCAAUAUUAUCAUUUUCUCACGAGUUUGACCAACCAGAAAAGUACGAGCUCCGGAUUAUUAAAGAGCUGAUGAAGCGCAUAUUUGCAACACCGCACCUCCACCACAAGAGCGUUCCAUUUGUGGAUCACGUAAUAGCAUUUCGCGUACGCGAAGAUGGCAUUUCCAUAGAUUUCCGGGUUUAUUCUAUUCAAAAGAACACAAACAUUAAACAGGGUGCAGAUCAAUAUAGCCUCGCGGAGACCGGCCCUUCAUUCGUACUUAUACCUUUCCAGAUUCUAUCUUCUGUAAUGUGUGGAGACAUACUAUGGAGAAACGAGAACUACGUUAGCCCAGGAGAGAGGGCCAAGCAACAGCGUGCAAGAGAAUUUAAGCAGCAACAACAAAAGCUACGGGAGAAGGAAAUAUAUAAUCAAAGGGAUAAAACUUUACCAGUCGAUCCUAUUGACCUGGCUCUUUCACGCGAAGGAUUUGAAGAGGUUUAUGGAAAGAUCUCCACUGUAGACAUUUAUGGUGGACACGAUGGCAAAUACUUUAUGGCACCCAAGAGGCCGCCUCAGCCUACUAAUGAAAUAGAUGAAGUAGAUGAAAUAAGUGAAGAUGAAGGUGAGGGUGAAGGUGAAGGUGAAUUAGAAGAAGAGCUGGAUGAUGAAGAGUAUACAGAUGAGGACGAGGACGAGGAUAGCUCCCAAAGCAGCAAAGAGUAA